AUGUCCUCAUCAGAUGAUUCAGACUUCGAAGAGAGGAUUAAAAAGCUCGAUAUAAACGAAAAGAACAAUGAUACAGAUCUGGAAAUAAAUAUUCUGCUACUUGGUGAAACUGGAGUAGGAAAAUCGACUUUCAUAAAUGCUAUAGGAAAUUAUUUUUCACAAAAAUACUUCCGUAAUGCUGAAGAUAAUGGAGUAUCAGUUGUUAUUCCCACAAUCUACGAUAUAACAGAUAAGAACAAUAAAACACAUAAAAUAAAGCUGGGAAAGAAAAUCAAAGAUGGAAACGAAUGUCUGGAAGUGGGCGAAUCAGCCACACAAGAAGUCAGGACGUAUGUUUUUCCUAUCUGGAAAGGAAGGGUCAAAGUUCGCUUGAUUGACACACCUGGAAUAGGAGACACAAGAGGCGUCGAAAAGGAUCAAGCAAAUUGUGAAAAUAUUCUUCAUUACUUGAAAACAUUGGAUAAGCUUCACGCUAUUUGUUUCUUGCUCAAACCAACUCAGGCUAGAGAAACGAUAUAUUUCAAGUACUGUAUGCACCAAUUGCUCUCCAUGUUUGACAAAACGGCAUGCAAAAAUAUAUUUUUCCUCUUUACCAGUACUAGAGGUUCGGAUUAUACUCCUGGCGAUACUCUCAGAAUUUUGGAGAAAAUUGUACAAUCAAUCAAAGAGAAAUCGGAGGAUGUAAAAAUAUCUACAGACAAAAAUGUUUAUUGCUUUGAUAAUGAAGCCUUCAAAUAUUUGGGAGCGGUCGAGAAAAAGGUGAAAUUUGAUGCCUCUAUCAAAGAAGUCAAUCUGAAUAGUUGGAAAAAGUCAGCUACAAAUGCUCACAGUCUCAUAACACAACUGCAGAGAGGAUCACCUACACCCUAUUCACCUGACAAUUUAUUAGCUAUCAACUUCAACAGACGGAUGUUAUUCUUCUUCUCAAAACUUUUGGCAGAAAUAUCUCAAAUCAUUGAGGAUAACUUGACCGUAUUGAUUCGACUUCAAGUGAAUAAGGAUGCAGAAACGACGGAAAUUGAAAAUAUGAAGAAGAGCCAGACCAAAAAAGUUGUGGAUGUUGAAAAAUCUAAAGUCUGUCAGCCUGUUACCGUUUGUUCGGAUAAAAAAUGUGCUGAUAUUUUUUGGGUGGAUGGUGUACCGAAAUGGCACUACAAAGUAAUAUGCCACGGCACUUGCUUGGAAGUAUCGAAUGUCCGGAUGGAAAUUGUUGGUUGUCCACAAUUGCUCAACUGUCAUGCCAUAAGCCAGCAAACCAGAAAAUGUGUGCAAUGCGGUUGCGACUACUCGGUUCAUAUGCAUGUCGACUACAUAACCAGGGUGACUGAAAAAAACGUUUUGGAUGAUAAAACCCGCAACAUUAUAGCGGGAAAAGAAAGCAUCUUGGAUAAUUCGAGCGAGCUCAUCGAGGAUAUCAGCAUCAAGAAUGUGGAGCUACAAAGUGAAUACGAGACUUUACAAACGUUUGCUGCUGGCCUCGCGAAUUUUCUGGAGAAAAAUGCCAUUGUGUCUUUCAAUGGGUCAUUCAAAGAAUAUAUCGUCUACUUGAUAAAUCAGAAACGCUCAUCAGGAGAUUCUUCUGCGAACAAAUCUUCCGUAGAUGAAUUGAAAAAUCUCCAAAAACAGUAUGAAGAAAUUGAGAAAAUAUUCGAGGAAGCGCAAAAAAAUCCCAAACAAAGUGUUGACAUUGACGUGCAGAAUUUUGAAGAACACAUCAAAACAUUGUUAGUCCUAAAACAUAAUUCAAAGGAAAUCAAAGAGUUCUGUGACCUAGAGAAAAAUGCGCGAGAAAAGCGGGUUUCUGUGAAAGAAUAUGUUCAUCCAGAUUAUUAUGAAGGAGAUGAGGAUGUGAGAAAGGGUGCUAGGAACAAGAACAAAUUCGACCAAAAAAGAGAUGGAAAUAAACAAGAUGGUCGGGAUAAGAAAUAUCAGGACAGACGUCAUGUCAACGAAGAAAGAGACAAAAAUGAAAGGGAUUCUAGAAACAGAAAUGACAGGCAGUCAAACAGAGAUCGAAAUGAUUAUCAACAGAGGGGAAGACCUUCAGAACAGCAACCUUCUCCUUCAAAUUAUCCGCCUCCUCUUAUGUCACUAGAAGCUCAUGGUGGUGAUCAUUAUCGAACAAAUAGAGAUCACAGGUAUCCUCCAAGAGACCAGCAGCCGUCAACAUCGGAGGCAUUCAAGGUCAACGUGAAUCUGACCCAUACUGACCAACCACGCAACCCUACACAUUACCCUCCUGCAGGCCACCACCCCUACCCCCCAUACAACCCACCAUCUUACCCCUAUCAGGGCCAAUCCCCGCAUUACCCUCAACAAGGACAACCACCGCAUUACCCCCAUCAAGGCCAACCACCGCAUUACCCCCAUCAAGGCCAACCACCGCAUUACCCCCAUCACGAUCAACCCCCGAAUUACCCCUACCAGGACCAACCUCCGUAUUACCCUCCGCGUGGUCAUGCGCCGCAUUACCACCAACCGAGUCCAUACCAAAGGCCUGCACCACAUGAUCAAAAUCAAACUGCGAGGUCUGCAAAUUAUGGGAACAGGCAGACUUGGCAAAACGACCGUAGAGACAACCAAGGCCAGAGGGGCGGACAGAAUCGCAGGGGCGGCCCAGAUAGGCGGGGUAACGGGGGCAGAAGAGAGAGGAGCGGACAAAGAGGAGCGCAGACAAGGUUAAUAAUGACGCUUAUCAAACCUUAUCUGAAAAUCUGCAAAGGUCAUAUUCUCGGAUGGCUCAUACAGUCCACUUACACACAGAUUCUACAAGCAUUAGCAAAGUCAUCAUUAAGUUCAUUGAUUGUUAUAUCCUGUUUAGGUAUCGCCAUUCCAUUUCUGGGAUAUACUGAUUUUUUCAUUACCAAACAUUAA